CGCUUUUCCACCGACGGCCUAUUUUUAGCGGCGCUCGUUCCAUUUAUAGUUGUCGCCAACAAAGGCCCUGCCAACCCCGCCCGCCUCCGGGCCCUUCCCUCCUGCUCAGCGGAUUGAACAACCUUGAGCCCCCCACCCCUCCCCCGCACCGCCUGGCCGAGGUGAGCGCGGCGACUCUCUCCAGGGAGAAGUUUUGUAGCUGGGAACUGAUCUGAGUACCUGUUGCUGACUCUUCCCCCACCGCCCACCCCUCUCUCCAGCAUCCCGAGGAGCUGAAGCGGGAAGGUGGAGAACAUAAAACUCACUGAGCAACCGGGGAGCUUCAAGAACGGUCCGGCCGAGCCCCUUCCUGCCGCCGGUCAGGAUGGUGGACGUGUUCAGCGGGCGCCUCCUCGUGAACAGGGACGGGCACACGGUGGACCCCGAGGAAGCCCUGCAGAACAAGGUCGUGGGCUUGUACUUCUCGGCCGCCUGGUGCUCCCUGUGCCGCGAGUUCACGCCGGUUCUGAGCGACUUCUACAGCGAGCUGGUGGAGGAGGCGCCGUCGCCGGCCCCUUUCGAGGUGGUGUUCGUCUCCUCCGAUCGCACCGCCGAAGAGAUGGUGGCUUACAUGCAAGACAUGCACGGGGACUGGCUGGCGCUGCCUUUCCACGACCCCUUCAAGCAUGAGUUGAAGAAGAAAUACAACAUCACAGCCAUUCCCAAACUUGUGAUUGUUAAACAAACGGGAGAAGUCAUUACAGAUAAAGGCAGAAAACAAAUUCGUGAGAGAGGUCUCAACUGCUUCCGAAACUGGGUCGAGGGGGCAGAUGUCUUUGAGAAUUUCUGUGCUUGAAUCACCAAAGGAGAUAGCUUUUGUAUACAUUUUGUAAAUCUAGAGUUUUUAUUGUUGCAACUUGAUCAAAAGAGGACAUAACAGUUGCUCAUCCCAUUGUCUUUUGCUUUAUUUCAGAUUUUGUGUCAUGGAAUAGUUAAGUGUUUAUGACCCCUUCUGUUCUGUAGUACUGCUAAAGUUUUUGUUAUAUAGAAGGUAAUCAAAAUAUUCCUUAUAUCCGUUAAGACAGAGGGUCAGCUGUGUAUAGUAAGGCCAUUUCUGACAUCUAGAAAGUAUGCCCUCUCAAAUCUAUGCAAGCACUUUAUUUUUGUAAAGGAAGACUAUAUUAACCAGAAGACUUUUUGGAGUGUUGGUCUAUAAUUUAUAUUACUACAAAAUAAAAAAGUAUUUGAUUA